GUAACAUACUAUAAUUAUGAAAGUCUUUGUAGUGCUAGCAUUAGCAUUAGCUUGCGUUUCAGCAGCUUCUAUACCCGAAACUCUUAAUUCUCUUAAGGCCGCAAACAGCGCUAAAGUUAUUGAAGGCCGUAUCACUAAUGGACAUGAAGCUUUUCCCGGUCUGUUGCCUUACCAAGUUGGCUUAUCGCUAAAUUCAUCAAGUGGAUAUACUUGGUGUGGUGGUUCUUUAAUUACCAAUGAAUGGGUAUUGACUGCUGCUCAUUGCACUGAUGGCGCCAACAUUGUAACCGUUUAUUUGGGAAGCACUGUUCUCAGUGUUGCCCAAAUUGUUUACACUGUCAGCUCUAGCUACAUUAUUCAACAUUCUGAAUAUAACCCACAAACGUUUGCUAAUGAUCUGUCUUUGAUCAGAAUUCCUAAAGUUACAUAUACCGAGGAAAUUCAACCUAUUAGCUUGCCAGCUAUUUCUAACGCCUAUCCAACCUAUGUUGAUGAAUAUGCCAUUGCAUCAGGUUGGGGUAAAGAACAUGAUAAUAGUGGAGUUGCAACGACAUUGAAUUAUGCGUAUCUUCUUGUUGUUGAUAAUGAUGUGUGCGCUCAAUAUUAUGGCAACUCGCUUGUUACUGACAAAACAGUUUGUGUUGCAACGACUAACGGUGCCACCACUUGCCAUGGUGAUUCUGGCGGCCCAUUAGUUUUGAACAAUCAACUUAUUGGUGUAGCAUCGUUUGGUUCUUUAGAUGGUUGUCAAUUAGAUAUUCCAGUUGGAUUUGUCCGUGUAAACAGUUACUUGGCCUGGAUCCAGUAUGUCACUGGCUAUCUUACUAAUUAAUUUAAUUAAACUUUUAAAACUAUAUAAUAUUUGUAAAAAUGAUAUUAAAGUAUUAUAGAAUAAAAUUAUUAAAUUUCUUAAAUA